GAAUCUCCAUUCGCUAGGGUUUUUAAGAUUAGCUUCACUUCACUUCCCCUCAAUUAUCUGCCGCAUUUUCUAGCUUUUUCACAAGUUCCCAACUUUUCAUCUCUCUACAUUCUUCACUUCACAAUACCUUUCUCAUAAUCCAUUUCCAUGGGUUCUAAAUUUUAGGGAUUUUCAAUUUUCUAAUACAUAUAUUUGUAUCUCUAUAUAUACAUUCAGCAAAAGAGUGAAAAAAUGGCAACUUUAAACCCAUUUGAUCUUUUGGGUGAUGAUGCAGAGGACCCAAGUUUGUUUAUUGCUCAGAAAGAGGCUGCUCCGGUUGCUGCUGCUCCUAAGAAAGCUCCAGCUAAGGCCCAAGCUCAACCGGCUAAGCCAGUUGCCAAGUUUCCCUCUAAGCCCCUCCCUCCUUCUGAGGCUGUGAGGGAGUCCAGGUAUGAAGGCCAACGAGGAGGAGGCCGUGGAGGUCCGCGUGGAGGAGGUCGUGGUCGCGGCGGACGGGGACGUGGGUUUAACCAGGAUUUUGCUGAUGGUGAGAAUACCUUUGGUAGCAAUAAUGGUUUCUCUGGAGUGUACAAAGCACCAGAGGAUGGAGAGUCAGGAAGGUCCUUUGAAAGGAGGGGUGGUGGAUAUGGUGGACCUCGUGGGGGAUUCCGUGGGGGACGCCGGGGCGGUUUCAACAAUGAGGAAGGUGCAGAAGGUGAUCGCCCACGCAGAGUGUAUGAUCGACGAAGUGGAACUGGACGUGGGAAUGACUUUAAACGGGAGGGUGCAGGUCGUGCGAACUGGGGAACUCCCACAGAUGAGAUUGCACCGGAGACAGAGGAGCCUGUUACUGAAGGAGAGAAGAUUGUUGAUCCUGAGAAACCAGCUGGGGAGGAAGAUGCUGGAGAUGCCAAAAAGGAUUCUUCUGCUGCCGCGCCAGAAGAGAAGGAGCCUGAGGAGAAAGAGAUGACCCUUGAGGAGUAUGAGAAACUACUAGAGGAGAAGAGGAAGGCUUUGCUGGCUCAGAAGCCUGAAGAAAGAAAGGUUAAUUUGGAUAAGGAAUUUGAAUCCAUGCAACUUCUAUCUAACAAGAAGAAUGAAGAUGAUGUUUUCAUCAAAUUAGGAGCUGAGAAAGAUAAGCGGAAAGAGGCAGUUGAAAAGGCCAAGAAGACUAAAAGCAUAAAUGAGUUUCUGAAACCCGCUGAAGGGGAAAAUUACUAUCGAGGUAGGGGACGUGGUGGCCGUGGUGGCCGUGGAAGAGGUGGCUAUGGGGGUAACGGUGGUAAUGGUGGUAACAACUACAGUGUUGAAGCCCCUAAGAUUGAGGAUGUUGGCCAGUUCCCAUCUUUGGGUGCCAAGUAAGGUUCUGCAGAGCCAGCCAUCUGAGCUCGUUCUCCAUUUCUGCUUACUUGUAUGCUCAAUGAUGGCAGAUCAUCUCUCCAACUCUUUUUUCGGGGGCUUUCAUGUAUUAGAAUCAUCUGAAAACUUUAUUGUUCUUUUUAAGAGUGUAAAUUUAGAUGUCUCUUCUGGGGUUUUACACCCUUGGUCUUUCUUGACUUUUGACAUGCAUGAAUACCCUUUCCCUUCAUAAUUAGGCUUUAGGUCCAUUUUUGAUUUAGUUGUGGGAUCAUUUUUGUUUUUGAAUUUUAUUAAAAACAAUUUUGCUCCUUUGCAGU